AUGGCCAGUGGCUACGCGUGUCAACAUUGUUCCCAAUUGCCUCCUCCACCUCCAAUGUUUGCUAUCGGUCCACCACCAAAUAUAUUAUCGAUAGAUACUCGUUGUUCAUCACGUUCAUUAUCACUAACAUCAAUUGAAACUAAAAAAGCUGUAUCAUCAUUAUCAUCAUUAUCAUCGGUAUCAAUCAUUUUGGGAAUUAUAAUCGCUUUGCUUAUCACAUUAACUACUAUUGUCUUGAUCAAAAAACGACGACAACGACAUAAAACAAAAUGUAAUAAUAGAAUGAUGAUUAAUUCUUCAUCAGUCAGAUACAAUAGACAUCAUCAGUAUAAUAACAAUAAUCAUCAUCAUCGUCAUCAAAAUUGGACAACAUGUGUUCCAUUAUUGAGUGAUAGUUGUAGUAGUGAUCAAACGUCUAGUACGCCUCCCAAUGAAUAUCCUUGUACAAAUGGUGUUAUUGAACCUCUUCUAAAUCGUGAUGUUACACAUCACGAUUAUGAACAAAUAAAAUGUGAUGAUUCAUCAUCGGGAUCAUUACAUUAUUACUGUCUUAUCUAUUGUCGUCAAUGUGCGAAUUAUCAUCCAACAUCAUCAUCUUCAUCGAGUUCAUCGUCAUCAUGUCCACGAUCGAAUCCUAUUCGACCAUGUCAUUUACCUAUAUCAACUAAUCCAACUUGUCAACAUCAAUGUGCAUGUUAUCAUCGAACAUAUUAUCAACGAAAUGAUAAUCGGUUUUUUGAACUUCAACCGAUGUUAAUGACAAGAAUAGAUAAUAAUAGUGAAGAUUCAAAUAAUCAUCUCAAAUUUAUUGAAGAAUCACCACCAAUUUAA